CGAUAAGACUAUAUUUAAAGUAGCUCUAUCCGUUUGCACCUGUUUACAGAUACCAACACAUAUAAGAAGCUGUAGAGUUUGUACAAAUGACAGUACCAUUACUAUUCAAUCAAUUAAGUAACUAAAGGAUAUGUGGGUAUUUUCUAGAAAUCUGGGAUGUUGCGGUAUUUUUUAUUUCCGUUUCGAGUUUAGAUACUUAUGUUGCGAUGUCUUUCCGUUGAACUAAUCUUGCAAGCAGAAAAUUUCCGAAAAUUGGUAACUUUGGUUACUAAUUUGAGUUUAAAAUGGUUGAAACUAUUUAGGAUUUUGAAAGGCGAACAAGAAGGGAAUUCCAGAAAAGAGAAAAGAAGAUAGAGAAUUUUCGCGCGCUUUAUAUUUUGUUAUGAUAGAUUUGAAACUAUUUUUUGACUGAAAGUUCUAAAAAGACGUCGAAACUCAACUUUAAUCUUGGUUUCGAAAUGGUUGGUUCGCUAUUAGUCACCGAGGCUUUUGUGAUUGAAGUAAUAACUCGAAAAUGUUCAGUUCUGGAUGAGAUAUUUUCAUAGUUCGAUUCAUCCACGAAUCAGGUGUUUUUGAGAGUAACUCUCGAUGCUCGAUGAACGAUGAAGGGGAUUAAGGAAUAACAACAAUAACGACAAAGCAAUUGGAGAAGAAAAUCCAAAUACAUUAGCUCUUCAAUGAAUUUACGUAAAAAACCACAAUCACUUUGAUGUUGGUAGCUUUACUGUUAGGAAAUGUUUCAUACGAAAACUUCACAACGACCGACCAACCAAACUCGGCUUGGCCCUCUAAUUACUAACAUAGGUCUUGAAUAAUUGAAGCAAACAAGAAAUUGCUAUUAUCAUUGGGCCUUAUGAAUGUUUUAUGAGACCACGGGUCCAUAUAUCUAUCUACCUAGUAGCUAUUGAUGUAUCUAAGGCUAUCAGAGCAGUUGACAAGAAAGUUUCACACUCGACAAGAUAUCCAUCACCCUACUGAACAAACUCGGUUUGUGUUGACAAGACGCGCGAGAAACACAACAAAACUGUUAUGGAAGUCGAGCCAUUAGCCAAUGGGAUCCCAUACUCACAGCAGACCGCGGUCCAGUCAUACAACCAUGUCGCGGCUCAACUUCAACCCGUCAUCACAACUGACACUUCUCAACAAGUCCAACUACAGCAGCAGCAGCAACAACAGCAGCAACAACAACAACAGCAGCAGCAACAACAACAAGUUGUAGUACCUGUAUCYACGGCGGCCAGCCAAAGUGAAGAAACGGGGCAAAAACGAUUGCACGUCACCAAUAUUCCAUUCCGAUUUCGAGACAACGAUUUAAAGCAAAUGUUUGGGCAAUUUGGCACGGUUGUCGACGUUGAAAUCAUUUACAACGAAAGAGGAUCUAAGGGGUUUGGAUUUGUUACGUUCAGUAAUGGCGACGACGCGAACAGAGCGCGGGAAAAAUUAAAUGGCACAAUCGUGGAUGGCAGAAAAGUCGAGGUCAACAAUGCAACUCCUCGUCCUCUCGCGAAAAAAAGCCCGUCACCCACACGUGGAGCCCAUAGUAACGGGCUAGCACGUACUGUGAGAGGAGCAAGAAGAGGGAUUUUACCAAUCACCAAAUUUACCGCCAGGGCAAUCCCACAGCUAACGAUACCAGCUACAUAUGAAGCAGCGGCUUACCCUGGUCUCUAUGAAGCAUAUGCUGACCAAUUAUGGCAAGCGGCUUAUUUAAGAAGRCCAACAUGCGCUGCAUACCCAAGCUAUGAACUCGCCUACACCACAGGGUACCCGGCAACAGCUUACGCAGCAGCCCCAGCGGCUUAUCGAACACCAAUCGCAGCACCACCCCCCUCAGUAGCAUAUGGAACAGGAUUUCGAUACGCACCAUAUUAAUGUACAGCUACUACUAAUAGUUAUAAGGGAGGGGAGGGUCAGUAACAAGAAUGCACCAAGUGAUCAAUCAAAAUCACUUGACGAGUCCGUGACCGAAUCCAUGUUGGUAGGAAUUUUUGUGAACUUUUUUAGCUCAUGUCCACUAAAAAAARCGUUUGGACUCUGAGACUCAUUUGUUCUCAAUGGAGAACGUUAUCAAAAGUGCGAGUUCUUGCCAGAAACGUCACGAAUAGGCAAUUUGCAUCAAUAGUCACGUGAUUGUGCCGCUGACUUGUUAAUGCUCAUUGCCCAUUCGACUAUAAAAGUGGAUGACAGAGCUGUAAACACUAAAACACAUAAAAGCCACGUGGUACUUUGUAAGUUUUCCGUUUGUAUAAUUAGAUAUUGUCGAGACGUUUUAUACGAAUAGUUCGAUUUGUUAACUUGACUGAGGAUUGACGUAGUUAGAUUCAUGGCCCACUGUCUACAAAAUAUAGAGACAUUGGGAAGGCUUCUCCUUGAAUGUACCGUUGAUCACUGGGAAAUAGUCGUUUUGAGAUUGACAGGAAUUUACCGAAUGACAAAACUGAAAUUGCAGAAGUGUUCUUCGCAGUGCCCUGCGCCAUCUUGAAAGGUAACCUGGCCUUUUAAUUGAAAAGAGACGGCCGGUUAACUUGUAAUGAUCGACACCUGUCAAUAAUUGCACGGGUGAAAAAACAGUCUGUCAUGCAUUGCGAGCUUGCUGGUUGUCGUACUUUGAUGCAAAGGCAAGGCAAAUCAGUCCUUUCACGGAAUGGUGCAGAACUAUGAAUUGAAACUUCUUGUAAAUAGCGAGGAAGAGAAAGCCCUGGGUACGAGGUUGACUUCUUGAGCUUCUUUUUUGGGAUUUAAUGCCAUCAUUAAACAUAUUUUGAUACUACAAUAUCAAAAUUUCGAGUUCUCGCAGUUUUUUCCUGUCAAAGAUCGACUAUUAGAACAUGACCAGCGUUAAAGGCUCACUUGUAUCCGAGAGGCUUUGCGCGAUUUUCUCACACACGAAAAAUCUCCAUCUUUGAUUUUGAACCAAACAGAACUAGCAACUUUCAACAACGAACCAUUUGUAAAAUAAAGCAAACGAUCGCAAAGGUUUUCGGUUACAGGUGAGCCUACAAAAUGCAAUGUACAGCGAUGUCAUGUUUUAGAACAAAGCAUCAUGGGAAUUUGAGUCCUGGCUGAUUUCUAUGCAGGACAGGCACAGGCAUUGGCAUUUUUGCAAAGAAAACACAUACACCUACUUGCAGAAACGUUGUCAUAGAAAAUAGAACAUUUAGAACAUUCGUGUGAACGAAUUUUUGCAAGUAAAACUGGAAUAGCGAAUUUCCUAUGAUGCUUUGCUGGCUUCGCUCUAAAACAUGGCGCCACUGAAAAUUACCUAUCAAAUUAUAAGUUUACGAGAGACACUCAGCGGUUUUCAUCCAUUGUGACUAUCAUUUCGCUUCCACACAAUCCCUUACUUAUGUGCUCUAAAUACACAGUUUUUAGCAUAUACAAAAUUUGAAUUUAAUCCAUGUCUUGACUGUAGGGUCGGUAGCGAACCAAACCUUAAAAUGUGAAGURGUUUAUGUUAUAAUUUCACGCCUGAACAGCCGAAGAUGCUAUUAUUUUCGCUGCUCGAUGGUAAACCAUGUACAAUUGUAUUGUAUAGAGAUAGUUUAUUUAUUGUUUAGAGACCGAGUAAGUUUGUUGUAUGCGAUUUGUCGCUUUCGACAAAUUCAUCGUAAAUCACAAUAUCACGGAUGUUUUACUAUAUUUAUUAGCUAUAGAAAAGUAGCUUUCGCAUGAGGUUCACAUUCGAAAGUCGUAUCGAUAACUACCGAUAAAUCGCACGCGACAAAUCGCAUACGACAAAUCGAUUAUAAUGAAAUAGAUUUAUCGAUUAGUCUGCCACUGAGUGGUAAGACUUAUGAUGACCUUAUAGUUGUAUAGUGUUAUAGCGUAUUUCUAGACCACAGAACAGUCGAAAAUCUGUUCUUUCAAUCAAAUUUUUAAUGAGAAAUUUUAAAGCAAAAAGGGAAUUGUUGAUUUUUAUUAUGUAAAUGUUUGAAAUAUUUGAAUUUUUAAAAUAACUGUGAAAAAAAGUAUUGUAAAACUUGAACGUGUGUAAUAAAAGAAACUUUGCAAAA